GUGGAGCAGAAAAAAAUGCCCAGUAAAGCACAAGAGGAUGCCGUGAUCAAUCUGAAGUCGGUCCAAGACCUUUCCCGUCAGCUGGGGUUUGAAUGGCCGGUUCUAGCCUACGAGCUUGGCUUCAGUAGGGCCGAAGUACGCAAGUUUCACACCACCUCCACGGAGAAGAAAGUUCAGGCCAGGAGCAUGCUGGAGUGCUGGUAUGAGAAGUCCUGGGACAUGUCCAAUAAGACCAGGUUGCUGCAGGAUGGGCUGGAGCGUGCCGGCAGGAGAGACCUGGCAGAGAGGCUGAGGUGCCUCCACUGGGGGCACCAGAAACUCAGCCGCAGGGUGGAGCUCCCCUCAGCCUUCCCUUUCCUCAUCACCGUCCACAAGACCCUAUGCUACCAGAACCGCCUGUGCCGUCUCAAUGAGCUGAACCACAGGCACACUUGA